AACAGUCCCGCGCGCUGCCGGUGUGUCCCUUUCUAAAGGUCCACUGUGCGCGGUCCAUGUGAGGGUCAGUGCGCUGGAAAGUUCGCACUGUGCGGACAGUUGUUCAGUGAAGCAGACACUCAGCAACACUUUUCAGCGAGCCAGCGGCUGUAGAGCCAUGUUCCAGUCGCAGUGCAUCACCCUUUUCUCCCUGUGCGCCUUGAUCUCUGGCUAUUCAGAAGAAGACAGAGUGCGUGAUCUAAUGUCUAGAUAUCCUCUUAUUGAUGGUCACAAUGAUCUUGCUCUUCAGCUGAGAAAACACUAUAAUAACCAGUUGAACCAUAUUAACUUCUAUGACAUUAAAGAAAUUGCCACUGACAUCAGCCGUCUCCAGGCUGGUCAUGUCCAGGGACAGAUGUUUUCAGUGUAUGUGCUGUGUGGAGCUCAGGAGAAAGAUGCUGUGAGGCUCACACUGGAACAAAUAGAUGUGCUGAAACGAAUGUGCACACAGAAUAAAGACUUUGAGCUGGUCACAUCCACACAGGAACUGAGAGACUCUCACCUGAAGCAUAAGAUAGCGUGUAUGCUGAGUGUCGAGGGAGGACACUCCAUUGACAGCAGCCUGCCAGUUCUGCGGAUGUUUUACCAACUCGGGGUUCGGUCCAUGGCUCUCACACACACAUGCAACACACCAUGGGCUGAAUCAUCUUCCAAACGAUACAGUUUUUAUCAAAGACAAAACAACAGCUUGACAACUUUUGGAAGAGCUGUGGUAGAGGAGAUGAACCGGCUGGGCAUGAUCAUAGACCUCUCCCACACUUCAUGGGGAACAGCUCAAGCAGUGCUAAAACUUUCAAAAGCCCCUGUGAUUUUCAGCCAUUCGUCUUCAUAUAGUUUAUGUAACAGUGACCGCAAUGUACCCGAUUGGAUGUUGAAAGAACUGAAAAAGAACCGGGGUCUGAUCAUGGUUAAUUUUCAUUCUAAUUUCAUUUCCUGUAAAAGGGAGGCAAACAUAUCUCUUGUGGCUGAUCAUUUCGAUCAUAUUAAGAAUAUAAUUGGUGUAGAUUCAAUAGGAAUUGGAAGUGACUUUGAGGGUGCUAUAAGCUUUCCCAAGGGGUUAGAUGAUGUAUCAAAGUAUCCCGCCUUGAUCAAGGAAUUACUGCAGAGGAACUGGACUGAGCAAGAAUUGGCGGAUAUUCUUCGACGAAACUUCGUGAGAGUUUUUGAUGAAGUGGAAAAGAUGCGUGACAAAAUGGUCAUGGAGCCGCCCAGUGAGGUGCAGAUCAGUCUGGAGGAAGUGCACAACCCCUGCAGGCUGGUGUUGAGGCACCCAGACUCACCCUCCGCCUCUGACCAACAUGGACCAUCAGCGCUGCACAUUCUUUUAACUGCAGUCCUGCUUCUUUCUACUCUCUCUUUACUGUAAUGAUCUGUAUGCGAUUAGAGAUUCAUAUGUAAAUUACUUGCAUGCAGCAAUAAAUUGAUAAAAUUACAGUUGCUGUUAAAUAGCCAUAG